AUGCAGGAUUUAACAACGAAGAAGAUGAUUGGGUUGGGGAAGGAGCAUGAUGGUUUGUACUAUUUAGUACCAGUUACUGAAGAUUUUCUUCGUGAGCGUGGUCCCAGAAUGGCAGCUGCUGCGUUGUCCUCCACUCUUGAUCUUUGGCAUAAACACUUGGGUCACUUGUCUACUGGCCCAAUGCAUGUGUGUAGUGUUGUGGUGCAGAAUUUCUAUCCAUGCAUUCUUUUUUUGCUCAAAUGGGCACACUAUGGCAACAUUCUUGUUCACACACCCCCCAACAAAAUGGGGUUGUGGAACGCAAACAUUGCCAUCUUCUUACUGUUGCCCGUACUUUAUGUUUUCAAGCACAAGUUCCCCUCAAGUUUUGGGGAGAGAGUAUUCUCAGCAGCUUAUAUCAUUAACCGUUUACCCACAUUAGUGCUCUCCAAAAGAUCACCUCAUGAGGCUAACCUUGAUCCCAGGUGGCGUGAAGCCAUGACAGCUGAAUUGCAGGCUCUUGAACAAAAUCAUACAUGGACUCUCACCUCAUUACCUCAUGGCAAACGUUCUAUUGGGAGCCGCUAG